AAUGUUCGCAUCACUAUCGACUGGUUUAUAGUCAUCUGUGAUCACUAUUUUGUUAUUUGUAAACAAAAAGUGAAAUAUUUCGCGGGCAGUAAAUUUAAAAAAAUGAAUGAACCAUUUAAUUCCACUGCGCCAGAGCCAAGAAAAGUAGGCGUUUGGACAGAAGGAGCGCCUAUAGAAACCAGGGAAUAUGUAAUGCCGAAGAAAUCACCCGAUUCUAUCGACGAUAUACCAACAAUACCAGAUUUAGAUGAUCUUCAAGACGUUUUGGAAAAGGAGAUAUCUAAUCCACCAGUUCCAGACCCACAAGAUACAGAAACUGUCAACACUUUGGCGGAGGUUGGUGGUGUGAGUGGCUCAGUGGAGGGUGUGGACGCAGCACUAGAGGCAUUACUGUCACGCGUCGCACAAGUGGAGAAUGACAUUGCCGAUAUGGUGUGGACUGUGGAUUCACUGCUGAUACAACUUGCCGAGGAAGAACAUGCACCAUUAUAGCUUAUAGGAUAAACGCACAUUUAGGGAGGUCUAUCUACCAUGGGUUUAAGAAUAGAAGAUGGAAUCUAUGUGAUCUCACAAUUAAAAUUGUUCUACAGGCAAAAUUAAACUUAAAAGUGAAUCAAUGAGAAAAGAAAACUUCGAAGGUUGUGUGAAUUUAGAGAAAAUAUGAAAAAAAUUCAUACUUAGACCUAAUCAUCUGUUCACUUGUUCUAUCUGAGAAGAAAUUAGUACAAUGAUGUUGUUAAAAAUACACUUUUUUUU